AUGGCGGCGCCAGGCGCGGGGCCCGGGCCGGGGGCGCCACCAGGGCUGGAAGCGGCCCUACAGAAGCUGGCGCUGCGGCGGAAGAAGGUGCUGAGCGCCGAGGAGACGGAGCUGUUCGAGCUGGCUCAGGCUGCGGGCGGCGCCAUGGACCCCGAUGUGUUCAAGAUCCUGGUGGACCUGCUAAAGCUGAACGUGGCGCCCCUCGCCGUAUUCCAGAUGCUGAAGUCCAUGUGCGCUGGGCAGCGGCUGGCGAGCGAGCCCCAAGACCCCGUGGCCGUGCCCCUGCCCACGACCAGCGUGCCUGAGACCCGAGAGGCCUCCUUUCUCUCUGCCAAGAACUGUACCCCCCCUGCAAGGCCCUCCUUUUCCUCGGCCCGGCAGACUGCGGCCUCUCCGAUUCUGCUCCACGGCCCAGCUGCCUCGCACUCGCCUCUCUCUCCAGGGCCCCCCGGUUCCCUCCGGUUCUCUUGCUGCCUGUUCUCUCCUUUUGAAGGGAGAAACAGAGGGAGCAGUGCUCUGGGUGGUGGCCCAGCGCUGGCAGAACGCAGCGGCCGGGAAGGAUCCAGCCAGAGGAUGCCCCGCCAGCCCAGUGCCACCAGGCUGCCCAAGGGGGGCGGGCCAGGGAAGAGCCCCACACGGAGCACCUGAGUGGGAGGCUCCCUAUGUAUACAGCCUGCCUCUUGUUUCCUCCCGUUGGAAUAAACUUACUGAAAAACUGCA